AUGGCAGAUAGCACGCAAGAUUUCAAGGAAUUGAAUAGGAAGGCAUGGAAUAAGGAGGCGGUGCCCAGGUUUGAGUUACCGGAAUUUAAAGCUUUAAGUAAGCUCUCUGUCUUGAAGUACUUAACAAUCGGCUCUAAUGGACAAUCAGCCUCAUUAUCAGACAAGGAAGCAUACACUGUUGAUGAAAUAAACAAGUCAUGUGUUGAGAACAGGAGUAUUAAAGCAAAAGAGGAGGCAAGUGCUUUGGGAAAUAAGGUGAAUACAGAUAUAUGGUGCAUUUUCGACAAAGACGACAAGGGGACAAGCGAAGAGCCACUAGAAAUUCUUGAUUUUGCAUGCGGACCAGGCAAUGUGACCCUUGCAUUGUUGGAUAGUCUCCCACUCGAAAAAAGCUACAGAAUCACAGGAAUUGACCUAUCGGAAGAUUUUGUCGAUGCCUAUAACAAAAGAGUGGACUUUCCUAACGUCCAUGCAGAGGCUUUGGACAUUUUAGGAAAAGAAGAUGUGCUAAAGAAUAGGAAGUUCGACAUUGCAGUGUGCACAAUGUCAUUACACCAUAUUUCAGACCUUGAAUUGCUCUGUAAGAGAAUUGCAACCCAUCUUAAAAAGGGUGGCUGGUUUCUCGCUAUGGAUUUUGAUGGGCACGCAAUUUUCUCUGGAAAGGAGGCCGUAAAGAGAGGAAUUGCUCAUUCUACUCUUGAACCAGAGAAGAUCACAAAUCUGUUUGAGAAAGCCGGAUUGAGCCAGAUUCUUGUGGAAAGAGGAUUUAGAUUGGAAUAUUCCAAGGAACAAAAGCUCACGAUUGCACAAAGAAAGGAAGUAAACCCCGAGGAGCAUCACCCAGAUCUGGGCAAGAAGAAGCUAUGCAUUGUUGCAGGUCGUAAAUGA